AUGGUGAUGAUGAUGACUGGCCGUGUGCUGCUGGUGUGUGCCCUCUGCGUGCUGUGCUGCGGUGCUGCGGUGGUGGUGUCGGCGGCCGACGGUGCUGACGGUCCUGAGAAAGAAGGAAAGGAAUCAGCUGAGGAUUCAGGGUCUGAAUCCCCCGACAGUCAAGAGGAAUUACUGGGAUCGUCAGGCUCAGUCGAUGGAAGGCCCGAAUCAGCGGGGCAGUUGUUGGAUAAAAAAGGAGGAAUAAAUUCCCACCAGCAAGUGGACUCGGUCAUACAUCCAUCAACAGGCGAUGAAAGAAGGGUGGAAGAAAAAGAAAAAGAGAAGGAAGGAGAUAAAAACGUCUCAGGGGCACUUGAAAAUUUAAAGAAAGAUGAAGAAACAUCACCAUUACCAUCGAACCCACCAGAAGGAGUAGGAAUACUACCGCCUCCAAUACCGCCAGCAUCCAAUGACGGUCAUGUCGAUGGCAUUCCUGCUGAUGGUGGAAUUGUUGGCAAUGUUUUGUUGUCUCCUCCUUCUGCUGGUACUUCUCGACAAUCGCCUAAUCCCACGGUUGGUGAUAAUUUGCAAAACACCGGCGUUGCGUCGUUCAAUCAAGAAAAUAAAUCUUCAGGAACAGGUAAGCAAUUAGGACCAACAACUGCAGGGACCACAUUGCCCAAAGUGGACGUACAGAAGGUCUCAAUACCCGCAUCCGAACAACAACGGGACCGCUCUGCUUCACAAGAUGCAGCAAGAAAUCAUUUUUUUGGAGGAGGUGAAACUGAAAAUGAGGCAGAUCGGAGUGACGUGGCGACGGAAGGUCCUUCCAAACAAACACCAGGAAAUCAAACACUGCCGCAAAUAAAAACAACACCAGAACCACCGACAGCACCACCAUCACAAGAACGGCCACACGUAAAACCACAGGAGGAACUAUCACCAACACCGGACGUUCCAGCAGAGGGAAAAAGCCUACCAGCACCAAGAGUCUCAAGGACCCCAACAGAAGAAACCCACAAGACGCCGUUGUCAGAAACCAACACGGAGCCCGAAACAAAGCUACAACCUUUAAAAGAUGAAGUGCAAGAGCAAAAUGGUAGUCCCACCAACCAAUCGCACUUGUUGAAGAAUGCAGCUACCGACAGGCUAGCGGAAACGACAGCAUCAUCCAUCUCCAAAAUUGGCAGUGAUGAUGCUCAACGGCCUUCCUCCAACGAACCACAGGACGGCUCCGAAACUGCUAAUACUGAUGUUGCUCUUACAGUCGGUGAGGCAGCGCCACAAACAGCAAAACCGGUCACAGUCGCUCAGGCAAAUGAUACGGUGACGCCUGGCGACAGUGACAGCAGCACCGCGGUUUCCCACACCACCUCCCCUCCUUUGCUUCUUGUUGUUGCGUGUGUGGCUGCUGCGGUGGUGGCCGCGUGA